AUGACCGCUCCGAGCCGGGGCGGGGCCGCCGAGGCGGGCAGCCACCAACAGAUGCAUGGAAAGACGGCUUCUCUGAAGAGCCCUGUGUCCUGCUCAGAGAAGCUAGCCAGGGUUCAGGCACCCCUGGACUCCAGUCUGCACUGGCCGGAAGGCUUGAAGGCUGAAGAGAUAAAGAAGUGUGGCCGAGAAGGGACGCUACUGAGUAAAUACAACCAGCAAUACCACAAGCUGUUUAAGGACAUCCCCUUGGAGGAGGUGGUUCUCAAAGUGUGUUCCUGCGCCCUUCAGAGGGACCUCCUUCUCCAGGGCCGGCUCUACAUCUCCCCCAACUGGCUCUGCUUCCAUGCCAGCCUCUUUGGCAAGGAUAUAAAGGUGGUCAUUCCCGUGGUGUCUGUCCAAAUGAUCAAAAAACACAAGAUGGCGCGGCUCCUUCCCAAUGGCCUGGCCAUCACCACCAACACCAGCCAGAAGUACGUCUUUGUGUCACUGCUUUCCCGGGACAGUGUAUAUGACAUGCUGAGGAGGGUCUGCACACACCUACAGCCUUCCAGCAAGAAGAGCCUGAGUGUAAGAGAAUUUCCAGAGGAACCUGAGUGUGAAUCUCUGGAAGUCCUCAUCCCUGAGAUGAAGUGGAGAAAAGUGUGUCCUGCCUCCAGGUCCCUGUCCCUCCCAGACAACAUCCCUUGUAUGGAUUCCGUGGACAGCUUCUUUCCCUCCAGGAAGCCUCCAGGGUCUGAGAAUGCGGUCUGUGAGGAGGAGAAGCUGGAGGAGGAGCCCAGGAGCGAAGGAGAGCUGAGGCUCUGGGAUUACCAGCUCCUCAAGAUCAUCUUUGUGCUGAUCUGCUUCUUGGUCAUGUCCUCAUCCUAUCUGGCAUUCCGCAUCUCCCGGCUGGAACAACAGCUGUGCUCUCUGAAUUGGGAUGGCCAGGUCCCUGGACACAGGUAACAGCCACCUUGGCUUCUCCAAGAAGAAUGCUCUGGGUGUUGAGUUUCUACCAGGGACCCCCGUGGUUUAUGCUGCUGCUGUGCUGACACUGAGUAUGAAGGAAAAUACUCCAGAUCCUUCUCCUCCCUCCCACUCUUCUCCCUCCUGUUUACAAAGCUCCUACAAUUUGGGGACUCAGACAAAAAGCCAGAUUCUUGGAACCAGCUGAGAAAUUCUGUAUGCUAAGCUUCAGCAAGCACUUGGAAAAAGAAAAUUAACUUGUUCCUUGGAAACAGUCUGGCACAGAAGCAGAGCUCUAGGAGCCACCAAGGGACAAAGGCCACAUCUGGGUACCCGGAAUGCCGCUCUCCACCGUGUCACUGCAGUAGUGGGACAGGGGCCCGAACCCAGACCGCCAGCGGGGCUCUGCUCUCUCCCAACAUACUGUGCUCCCUCUCACUUGGGCCCCUGUGAGUCCCUGUUCUGGGGCCCAAGGGGCUCCUCUUUGAGGAGCCAGGCACCUGUCAGACCAAAGACAGACUGGGGAAGUGGGGGUGGGAGAAGCUACGAAUGAGGAGAAGAGGGUGUAUAGCUAGGAUUCCAGCCCCAGAAGCUCAUGCCCUGUGCCGAGGCUCCGUCCUGGGCCCUCACAGAGGAGGCUGGCCGAAGUAGCUGCCACUUCCUGGUGAAACGGGUGGGGCAGGGCCUUUGAUCACUGUGGUCACAGCCCUGGUACUGCGCCUUCCCCUGGUGUGCCCCAACAGUUCUCAGGCGCGCCCCAGGCGGGAAGGAGAGGCUGGGGGGGUGGAGGUUGGUGGCUUUGAUUUGAGCUCUUGCUUUGUACUCCCUGCCUGCCUACCUGCCUGCCUGGGAGGUCAUGACCAAUAGCAGCCCGUUGGGGAGGUGUGGCUGGGCAGCUGGGCUACCAGGGGGCAGAGGUCACCAUGUCACCUGCAAGCAAUGAGCUGCAGGCCAAGGGAGGGCCCUCCAUUCCAUGAAUAAGGUGGGGGUGUCCCAGGUGGGCCUGGUACAGUGCAGGGACCAGGGCAAGGGGCUGUGUGUGAUACCUCUGGGGACAAGGGAGGUAGAGGAUGGGAAGAGUGGACACAGCAGUGGCUUUGCCUUCAAGAUUCCUCCGUCUCCGCCAAGGCCUUCUCUGCUCUCAGCAGCUCCUCUGUGCCUCAGAACUCCCCUGCUUUCCCUGGGACUUCCCUGCUGCGACAGUGCCUUUGGAGGGGUGGAAGGGCCUUAGUGGGGAGGUCAGAGGUAUCAGGCGAAGUCACUGGUGAUGGAUGGGGUGAGAGGUCUCGGAAACACCUUUUCCUUCUUCAAACCCCUGAGAGGUUAAUCAGGGAGAAAUUCAAGUGGAAAUUAGUUAUUGGGGAGUCAGGAUUGUCCUGUUUAUGACAAACCCAAAUGAGGAUUUGAGGGACCGUCUGUAGGUGACAAGUCCCUAAGCUCAGACUGAUGGUCUCUUCAGCCUCCACACUUACUUCAGGCUCUAGGGGAAAGCUUCAAGCCUGCCUGGGGGUUGCUUGCACCACAUCUAUGGUGUGAUGUGUGUCAUGUGAAAUGGUGUGUCAUGUGAAAUCAUGAUUCCAUUCUCCCCACACACAACCCCACGGGGUAAAACCCCAUCUUUUUUUGGAACCAGCUCCCACUGGAGCUGAUGGUUUUGGAACCAUCACGCCUUUCUAUUACAUUUUCAGGGAGCUAAUCCUACUUGCUCCAGUGCCUCCCUGUCUUGUUCCUUGCUGAAAGGCAGAGAGAAUAGGUCCAUUCUCUGAGCCCGGCUAGGUGGAGCCAGAGGCUCAUGAGACGCCACCAGAGGUGCCAAGUCCUGGGUAUCUGUGCCGACAUGCUGGUGAAUCUAGUUUCCAGUCAUGCCCCAGGCUCAGAAAGGACAAGAGGCCUGCUAUAGGGUAGGUGCCUUUGGAGGUCCUCUGGGGUCCAGGGAUUUCAGUGGUAUACAUGUGCCUGUCACUCUGGAGGGUCCUCUCUCUGCUUCUCUCUUGCUCCUCAGCCUGGUCCUUUGGGGUCAGUGUCCUUUCUAUUGUGCUCAUUUGUAAAUUAUGUGUAUUUAUACAGACCUGCUCACACUGGCUGAUGCUCCUCUGAUUCCCUGAGAGAUUGAUUCAACUA